AUGGAAGAACAAACCUCCAACCCAAACACCGGGAUGCCAAUGCUACCCCCCUCGGAUGGAAUCUACAGCAAGGAGGGUAUCACAACAGAAAUCUCGAAUGAAGAGAAAGCUCGCUUGAGGAGAGAUGCCGGGCGCAUGUUACAUACCAGGGCUUUUCCGGAAGAUUGCUCCAGCGACACGGAGGAGCGUGCACGUCAAAAAUCUCGUCAGGUGGUGCAAGUCUCCGAUAAACAGGAGCUGACCUCCCGUCUGAUGAAAAUCUUCAAAGACGACAAGACCAAACAGGACGUAUGGGUUCCCCAGCUCGUCAAAAUUGCUGGUCAGCGUGUGUCUGCCGACAAAAUCAUAACCCAGCUCGACCUGUUGAGGGCACGCCCGUUUACGCGACGCAACGAGUUUCUUCAGGAGCGGGAUUCGAAUAUCGACGCUGAUGGAACAGUGUCUUCACCAAGUCCUGACGAAGAGGACAUGAUCAUUUGGCCACCCCAGUCUCUCCUAAGAGGCAGCAGAGACAUUUUUAAGGCAUUCUUCAAGGACGAGGAACUCGCGGAGAAGCUUGCGAAGAGGUUUGUGAAUGGUAAUGGCAGACCCGUCGAUCUCCAAAAGGUGGAAGAGCUGAGGGCGAAGAUGGCGGCCUUGAAGCAGAAAACAAAGCAGAAAACAGAAUCAGGGGGCGGCGAGCGCGCUUAG